UAUAAAAUUGUGUGUUUAUUUCACUAACUGGUCCCAGUACAAGGCCGGAGCCAGCCAAAUACUUUCCAAACCAUGUUGAUCCACACCUCUGUACUCAUCUCAUCUAUUGCUUUUUGCCACCAUGAACCACAUAAGAUUGCACCUUAUAAUGGAAUGAUGAGGACAGACUCUACCCGGAGUUCCAAGCACCUUAAGAAAAGCAACCCCAAUCUUGUUACACUGCUAGCUAUUGGAGGCUGGAAUUUUGGCACUCAGAAGUUCACUGAAAUGGUUGCCUCACCUGCCAAUCGGAAAAUCUUCAUUGAUUCAGUAAUAGAAUAUCUGCAUAAGUUUGGUUUUGAUGGAAUUGAUUUGGACUUUGAAUACCCAGGAUCCAGGGGUAGCCCUCCUGAAGACAAACAGCGCUUCACAGUCCUCAUUGAGGAAAUGCUGGCUGCUUUUGAAAACAGUAAAGCUGACGGGAAGAGGCUUCUGGUCACUGCGGCAGUGUCUGCUGGAAAAGGAACCAUUGAUGCAGGAUAUGAAAUAGCUAAGAUAGGACAACUUUUAGAUUUCAUCAGCGUAAUGACUUAUGAUUUCCAUGGAGGCUGGGAUACCUGCACAGGACAUAACAGUCCCUUGUAUGUAGGACCGAAAGAUCAAGGCGAUAUGAAGUAUUUCAACAUUGAUUUUGCCAUGACAUACUGGCAUGAAAAUGGUGUCCCACUUGAGAAGCUCCUAAUGGGAUUCCCCACCUACGGACGUACCUUCAGGCUGACUACUUCUGACACUGGUGUCUGUGCACCUGUCUCUGGAGCUGGAUCAGCAGGACAGUACACUCGCGAGGCUGGCUUCUGGGCUUAUUAUGAGAUUUGUACAUUUUUGAGGACAGCUAAUUUAGAAUGGAUUGAUGAACAGAAAGUUCCAUAUACCUACAAGGACAACGAAUGGGUUGGAUAUGACAACAUUGACAGCUUCCGAUGCAAAGUCAAGUACCUGAAGGAGCACCAGUUUGGAGGUGCCAUGGUUUGGGCCAUUGAUCUGGAUGAUUUUCUGGGCACUUUCUGUAAUGAAGGAAAAUAUCCUCUAAUAUCUGAGCUGAAGAGACUUCUUGAAUCAAAUGAUCCCAUUACCUGUGUUGGAAGUACAACUCUUCCCCCUACAACUCCUCCGCCGGACACUACUCCUCCUCCAGGCAUUACAACUCCUCCCCCAGGCACUACAACUCCUCCCUCAGGCACUACUACUACAACUACCACAGGACCUUCAGAUCCUAAUAACUUUUGUGCAAACCAACCAGAUGGCAUCCAUGCUGACCCAAAAGACAACACUAAAUUCUAUAUAUGUGUUAACCAUCAGAGUUUCAGCUUUAGCUGUGCAGCUGGGUUGGUUUUUGAUGACAGCUGCAAGUGCUGCAAUUAUCCAUAAAUACUGGCAGAUGUUUUCCAGCAAAAAAAAGAGGGGAUUUAAAUCAGGUAGCAGUGAACCCCUUUCAUCACAAACUCUAAGACCACGUGCUGGAGCUUAUGUUUUUCCUUCUUUCCAUUCAGAUUUUUUCCUUGUAUGCCAUGUCUUUUAGAUUGUAAGCCGGAGGGCAAGGACAGUUUUAUUACCAAUAUUUGUAAGCACAUCCGAGAUCCUUUUUGGCUAGUAUGGGUAAAAUGCUAUAAAAAAGGGGGAAAAUCCCCACACAAUUAAAAUCCAUUUGGCAUAACUAAAACAUAUUUGUGCUGAUAUCUUUUGUGAAAUAUACUGGCUGGAUACUGUU